AUGAAUCCAGUUACCAUUCAAACUGGCCUUCUGACUAUGAUCGUCGCGUCUCUGGACCUCCUGUUCUUCCUCAUCGACCCAACAGGAACGCACCUCCUCUUCAACUUCUCGCUCUCGAAGCUCUACUCGAACUCCCUCAUGAGUAGCCUGAACUCACGUCGUGGGUGGGGCAUUGCCGGCACCGCUGGAACUCAGUCUGGGGGCUACGGCGCACAGUCGGAACCCAAUGCCGCGCAACGACACGUCCAUAUCUCAAGUAUGAAAAAACCUAAUGAGAUGAUAGAUGUCGAAGGCGGAGUUUUCGUCCACGUCGAGUCGCACGAGCUGCGCGAUGUUCCAACGGGCGACAAUACGCCGGAUGAAAAGCCAAGAACUCUGGGGUCAGAACACUCAGUGGAACAGCAGGUGGGUGUAGACGAUUGGGGAAGGGGGAAAAGCCAGUGGAUUCGCUGA